AUGCAAGACUGCCCGUUUUGCUAUAUUGAGGCACACUUUCCACCCGCUCUCGAGGGCUCCAUAGAAUCGCAUUCCAAUACUACCGGUCUACCUGCAUUCGUAGUGCUAAGCACUCCAUUAUGCCUAGCAUUCCUAGACAUUCAACCUCUCUCACCGGGCCAUUUGCUUCUUACUACUAGGCAACAUAGGGAGAAAGUCAGCGACUUAACAGAAUUAGAAAGUUCUGAGUUGGGUGUAUGGCUUUCCAGGCUAAGCCGCGUGCUUGCUACGGUGACAAAUACCUGGGAUUGGAAUAUUAUCCAAAAUAAUGGUGCCGCGGCUGCUCAAGUAGUGCGUCAUGUACAUUUCCACAUUAUACCCAGGCCGGAAUUGACGCCUGAGUCACGGAAUAAAAGCUUUACUAUGUUUGGUAGAGGAUAUAGAAGUGAUCUUAACCAUCAUGAAGCAAUUAAAUUGACAGAGAGCUUGAAGGAUGAAUUGGAUAGGGAAAUAAGAAGACUCAAGAAACAGAGACUAUAG